AUGGCGAAUUGUGAUUUUCUUGGGAAAGCAAUCGAAAUUGUGAAAAAAGCCACUGAUGAAGACGCAAAAGGAAACUAUGAGCAAGCUUACAAAUAUUAUCAAAAUGCGCUCGACUAUUUUAUGGCGGCUAUGAAAUAUGAGAAAAAUGAUCGGAUGAAAGAAUCCAUUCGUAAAAAAUUUACAGAGUAUCUUGAUCGUGCAGAAAAACUGAAAGAUUAUCUAAAUAAUAAGGAAGAGAAACGGCAACGAAAGGCGGUUGGGGCUAAUGGCACAGAGAGAGGAAACGGAGGUGGCAAAGAAAGGAAGAAGAGUAAUUCCAGUAGUGAUGAUGAUGGCGCGGAUGAUCCUGACACUAAAAAAUUACGUGGCGCAUUAGCAG